AUGUCGAAGUCGUCUCUCUCGUCGGUGGUCUCCAACCUGGUGCGGGCGCAGAUGGGCACAGCGUCGUCGGGCACCGUGACCGACGAAGACCUCGACCGCCAUGUCGCCGAUCUGAUCCUCAAGGAAGCCAAGCAGAAGGCAGAGCGCUAUGGCAAGGACGGCAUACGAGCUUACCUCCAGAGUGAAUGUUCAGAUAGCAAUGCUCCGAAGACGAACAAGCGUUUUCUUUCGUCAAUCAUCCGCAGCACCGACGAUCACAACAAGACCAUUCUUAGAGCGCAAGCCCUUGCGGCGCAGGAGGUCCGGAUUGAAAGGGAAGAGCAAGAGCGGCGCGAACGCCGACGGCGUGCAGAGGAAGCUGUCGAGGCGGAACGCCUGAGACGACUCAUGGGUAGCGGCGGAAGAACAGAUUGGGCGCACAAUUGGGACAGAGGGGCGUCCAGGGACAGGAGACGGAGGGAGAGAAGCGGCGAGAGGAGAGAUGACUAUGACGACAAAUCGGAGAGUUCACGGCGGCGGAAGUCGAGCAGGUCUGAACGCGAAUAUCGCCACCGACAUCGCUCAAAGUCUACUGAACGCCGAGAACGGCGGGAGAAGAAGCGUUCAAAGCAUGCAAGAGAUAGAGAGAGGUACGAUGACGGCGAUGACGAGAACUGGGAGACACGAAGUCGAAGUCGAGACAGAAGCCGAUCCCGGUCAAGGUCCCCGGAACGUGCUCGUCGGGAACGCGAUGAUGAUGAACACAGGCAGAAACGAAGACAUAACAGCACGGAUGAGGCGAGAUACCGUCUAUCAAGUCGGUCUCCGAGCGAAAAGGCCCGCUCUCGUUCUCGUCGUCGUGAAGACUUGCAUCGUCACAAGCGUCGGCGCUCCUCUUCUCCUACUGCCGACAACGGUGAGGAGUCGAGUACGCGUGAAAGACCUUCGUCUCAAGACCUGGAGCGCGCACUAUCCGAGACGCUGGCCCGAGAAGAGCAGUUGCGCCUACAACUUAAGCGCAUUGGCAAGAGCAAGGCAGAGGAUCAUGCAGAUGCUCCUCUCAGCAGACGAAGCUCCCGUUCCCGUACACCAUCUAUCCCGAGAGACGCUGGUCGUAAAGCCAGGUCGCCGUCACCCGUUCCUCAAUCGCCUAAAGCCGGCUCAUCAUCCUCUCACACCCUGCGCUCGUCAGCAAGUCCAUCCCGAUCACCACCCGAGCCACCAUCGUCUCCUCCUCCCCUGCCUCCGCACCACCUACCUUCCAAGAUGGACAAAUACUUUGAAUCCUCGUACGACCCACGCCUAGACGUGGCCCCGCUUCCCGUCCCGAAAGUACCCGCCACCGGUCUCAUCGACGACGCCGACUUUGCCGGCUGGGACGCCAUGCUGGAGGUGAUUCGCCAACGCCGUGAGUACAAGGCGGAAAAAAAGAUGCUUGAGCGGUGGGGCGUUGGAAAGGACAAAGACAAGAAGAAGAAGAAAGGCGACGAUGAGGUGGCGUCUCGCUGGUCGGAGGGCGGGAUGGAGAUCAUGAACAUUGAGUACAAGAAGAGGGGCUCUGUGAGAGAGUGGGACCUUGGGAAGGAGGGAUUUUAAUGCUGUCUGUAGAUCUUGGAUACCCUUGAUGAUGUGUUCCCUUUUUCUCUCAAUCUCGAUGAAUGAAACGCAGAACAUAUUCAUACCACCUCGCAAGUCAGACUUCCGCAUUCUACAACGCGUAAGCACAAGUUUGCGUUUUCCAGGA